GUAUCUUCUUCAUUAUCUGCUGCCACAGCCGUCUGCUCUUGGUGCGUCUGCUUCAAACACAAGAAUAUAAGAAAAUAUUUUCUCAAGCAUCCAAGAUGGAAGGAUUUGAUUAAGGAAUGAUCUCCAAAGAGGAUACCAUACUCCUGUCUGUCAAGAACUUGGUCAAGGGAAUACCGGGUAAGCUGACCAACCCGUGUGCAGGAUUACGUGGGGUGCUGAUGUUCUGUUCCCGAAAUGUGCCACUAACAGAAGAAGAUGCUCCGCAGCGCAAGUCAAGUGCCGGCACCAUCCGCUCCGAGGGCGGAGCCAGCCAGUACUAUGCCAAGGGCGGAGGCAUAUUACCAGUGUAUGAUAGCUCCUCCAGCCUGGAGUCCAGAUGUAGCAGCAGCAGUAGCAUGAAGAUACGACACCACUCAAGUGGGGUGUUCGACGGUUCUACACGCUUCCCAAAGCUGGAGGAAUGUGCUCACUUCCAUUAUGAGUCGGUUGAGCUUGGACCUUUAGAGGUCCAGCUUUGUGAGGAAGAUAGGGAGAACUACCACCACAAUGAGGAAGAGAAUGGGGAAUACUCGUACCUCCUCCGCGUCAAGUCCAACGACAAGACGUGGAACGUGCGGCGGACAUACAGCAACUUUCGUAUGUUGGACAGGCAGCUCCACAAGUGUAUCUUUGACCGCAAGUUCAGCCAUUUGCCUGAGCUGCAGAAAGAGGUGGACAGCAGCAAGAAUAACAAGGAAUUGGAGAGGGUGUUGAGGAGGUACCUGAAGCACUUCUCAGAGAUUGCUGGAAGUAUGAUCAACUGUGGGUCGGUGCUCAACUGGUUAGAGAUUGACAAUCGAGGUAAUCGCCUGCUUGCUGUUGACGAUUCCGGUAUCAACACCCCUGCCAUCGCUGCUGCACACGUUGUCAAGCGCUACAAUGCUCAAGCUGUAGAUGAAAUAUCUCUCGAUGUGGGGGACAUUGUGUCUGUGAUCGACAUGCCUCCAGCGGAUGAUACCAUUUGGUGGCGAGGGAAGAGAGGGUUUGAGGUUGGUUUCUUCCCGAGUGAGUGUGUGGAGGUGAUCGGGGACAAGGUGCCGCCAUCCAUGGCAUCGCGUAUACCUCCACCUCCAGCUUCCAAGAAGCCCUUGAUGAAAAAGCAUGGCAAGUUGAUGUCCUUCUUACGGACGUUCUUCUCCACCCGUCCAGCUCGCAACCAGCUCAAGCAGUCCGGUAUCGUCAAGGAGAGAGUCUUCGGCUGCGAUCUCGGGGAACACCUCCUCAACUCGGGCAAUGAUGGGGAGUUGAUCCCGCUGGUGCUGAAGAGCUGUACAGAGGUGAUAGAGAAGCAUGGCAUCGUGGACGGCAUCUACCGCCUCUCCGGCAUCACCUCCAACAUCCAGAAGCUCCGGUUGGCGUUUGAUGAGGACCGUGUACCGGAUCUGACGGCCGACUGCUACCUACAGGACAUCCACAGUAUCAGCUCACUCCUCAAGAUGUACUUCCGUGAACUCCCCAACCCUCUCCUCACAUACCAGCUGUAUGACAAGUUUGCUGAUGCUGUUCGGGACGAGGACAACAAGCUCCUCAAGAUCCACGAUGUGGUGCAGCAGCUUCCUCCACCUCACUACAGAACCACGGAGUAUCUGAUGCGUCAUCUGGCAAGGGUGGCAGGCUUCGGCCCCGACACUGGCAUGCAUUCCAAGAACCUGGCCAUUGUCUGGGCACCCAACCUUCUCAGGUCCAAGGAGCUUGAGAUGGGGGGCAGGGCAGCGGCCCUUCAGGGGGUGGGGAUACAGGCCGUGGUGACGGAGUGUCUCAUCUGCUACUGUGAUAUCAUCUUCAGUGAUAAAAUGCCUUCAUAUUCAUCACCAGAGCUACAGAAAUCUCACAAGAAGCCGCGGCCCAAGUCCCUGGCGAUCUCCACCCCCACCCGUCUGCUCACCCUGGAGGAGGCAAGGGAGAGGGCCUUCCUCGGGGGACUCAACCCCAACCAGCGCUACAUCGACGUUGGGGGUGGCCCUGACAGUCUGCCUUCCAAAUACCAUACGGUCAUCGACCUUCCUGGAUACAGGAAGAAGGCCAACACAGUGAAGGAGACAUCGUCCAAGGGCAACAAGAAGUCGCCGGUGAGCGGGUGGAAAUCCUUCUUCUCCAAGCCCCGGGCUGGCAGCAUCAAGAAGGCCCGCAAGUCCAGCAUCCAGGGCAGCCACAAGGAGCUGGACACUGUGAGUCUUGGUGGCGUGGGGUCGCGCCAGGCCAAGGCCCUGACGGAGGAGGAUGUCCACAACUGGAAGAAGAGACUCCGGACGGCCAAGAGUGCCGAGUCUCUGCUCUCUCUGGCAAGCUCCAGUCGGAGUUCCAGCAGCAGGUGCUCCAAGGUCAACGACAACCUCAUGGUCGUCAAUGUCUACGGAGAAGAGAAGCACCCGCACACAAGUCACCACAAGCGAUCCCUGUCAUCCGACGCCACAGCCAUCCUCCAUCAUCAUUCUUAUGACAACCCUUUCACCAACAGCGGUCGUGAGGUCCCGAUCGACGUGGACCUGUCCGUGACUCCUCAUGAGCAAGGCAUUGAUCCUCACCAAACUGGUCGAAGGUCAAGGUCAGAGAAGCGGGGAGAGCCUGAGAGGAAACAGUCAUUUAUUCGAGGGGAUUCUACCAGGAAGGCCUUACAUCGUAGAACGCCGUCUGCUCCAAACACACCCCGCAAUGAUCGGAGCUCUAGUGAAUCUCGUAAAGUGUCAUCUCGGCAUAAAACCUCGUCUCAGCCUUCGCUAGAGAGUCCCCACCUUGAGCUGGGCCGGGAUAUGGAUUCAUCUCCCGGCAGCUGUGAUGAAGAUGAGCAGACGGAUCGGUGGCUGGGCAGUCUGCAAGGCGACUCUCCUCAAAUUCAGAGAAAUGUGGUGCGCCAAAAUGGUGAUGGAAAACCACCAAGAUCUAGUGAGGAGAUCAGCCCACAGAAACGCUGCGCUAAAAUGCCGCCAAUUGGGAGAAAGAAACAGAAGGCAAAUGUUGAGAAAAAUAUCAGCCUUGGUUCGAGUGAGGAGGACAUCCUGACCGUGCAGCUGCCUGAAAGUCCUGGUGCUAGGAGAAAAGGACAAAAUGAAUCCGAGAAAAGUGGUGACAAAAAUAAAAAUGAACCAAUCAUUACACAGUAUUUCUACUCACGGCAUCACGAUCACGCUGAGAUUCUUUCGGAUGAGGACUCACAACAAAAUGGAAGUCCAAAAGUUCGGGAGACCAUGAUCAUGGGAUCUCCUUCUAGUAUGAGUGAGUUGAUUGAUCAACUGGACAAUAAGUUGACCUCCACUGGGAUGCAGUAUGGUAUCUAUGAAACAAUUCCUUCUCCUCCUGAGAAGACCAUCCAGAAAGCCGGUGGUGGGAAGGUUUUAGAGGAGAAACAUGCUCCUCCAAUGGAAGUGAAGACUGAACACCUUCCCAACCGCCCAGUCGAAUUUCGAGAAAUUGGUCCUCAUGAAUACAAGGAAAUAAAAACACCCGAGUCCAAUAAAAGUUUGAACUCUGAAAUCAAAACGUUGGAGAGCAAUUUACAGCAAAUGCAUCACAGUCAGCCCCAGCCUAAAAUGUCGAAGUGUUUAAGUGUGCCGUCAGACAUAGCUAAAUCAUUAGAGAAUGUGAAUGUAGGCAGUCAGUCCGACCUCCUGUCGUCUGUGACAAUCAGUGAACUGUCUCAGUCCGCAGACAGCUUCAACCUGAGCCUCUGUGAUGACAGCCCGAUGGGAGAGGCUCGGCGCCGACGGAGCGCUUCUCUAGACAGCCUCACAGACUCACCGUUAAGCCGCACCCUUAAGGAGAUCAACAUGCAGAUUGACAAUGCCUUCAAGAGGAAUGUUGACCGUGCACUGGAGAUGGAGGAAGAAGGGUAUGGUCGGCAUGAAAGCCCUGUCGACGAUCUUCCCCCUCUCCAUAUAUCAGAAGAUGUGCUCACACCUACAAAUCCACAAGAGACAGAUUUCCCCAGUGAGAUCCCUGACUAUGCUCGAAUAGACAAAUCCAAAACAACAAAGCAUAAAGUAGAAAAACAGGAGAGUAGUAGUGUUCCUAAAAUGAGGUUUUCACCUGUUGAUCAAAUUGAGAUUGUUUCUGGGAAUGUGAAAACAGUUCCUCCAUCAGCUCAACAACCACAUCAAGACCGGACUGUUCGUGACAGUGUAGUGAAUGGGCAGACCGGUGCUGUGAGUUUCAGUGUAGUGAAUGGGCAGACAGGUGCUGUGAGUUUCAGUGAAAGAAACAACAGCAGCAAACAGACUUCAAUUGCUAAACCUACUGACUUGAAAAUCGUAGCAGCCCCAAGGGUUCUGAAGGCUCCAGCAAAGUCUUCUGGUGAGUCUAGUUCUAGGUCAGGGGCUCAUGUCGCAGAUAUAUGUGCUCAGGAAGAUUCCUCCUCCUCCUCAACCACCUCUUCUGAUUCCGAGUCAUCAACAGAGACAGAGUCAGAAGACAACAGUGAGUGCAGCAUUGAGUAUGUGUGUCACAACAACUCUCAGCCCACAAACUUUGCCACAGGUUUUCCACAAAGUUUCUCUGAAAGCCACAUAUCGGAUUCUGCCAUGGUGCAAAGUUCUUUAAGAAACAGCAAUGCCAGCCUUCCCGGCUACAGCUCCUCCGGCGGCAGAGACUCUGACAUGGUGGACCAGGAGUCCAUCACGUGGAGGGACAGUCCGAUAUUCUCAGAUAGUGGCAGUCAGGACACACCCACUGGAACAUUAAGAUCUCAAACACCAAGAGGUAAUAUCACCAGCCCCCAAAGCAUGGGAAGAUCCAGUCCUAGAAUCCCAUAUACAGCAAGCAACAGCUCAGUAGAGAGCAGUCCUCGGCUCAGCCCUCGGUCCUCUCCCAAUGUUGUACAGAACUUGGACCACAGGGGGAGUCAUGAUGGCCGGUUUGGGGGAGAUAGACUCGUACUGCCAGGAGACUUCUACUGCACAGGAGGUCAGCCUGGAGGUCCUCCUCACUCCCCGACCUCCAGACACCGAGACCCCCAGUAUCCUAGUGUCAGCUACCGUGGAAGCGUCUCCCCAAGCAACUUCCACAUGUCUCCGUCACUCCCUGAAGUCCAUGUCGUCCAUGACACUCUCACUGUGGAGAAAUCAACAAUUAAGCGAUCAACCACCGAAUCCAAACUUGCUGACAAGACGUCACAACAGGUUUCAGACGCAUACUCUUCUAAAACAUUUCCCAGGAAGGAUCCCGAGAAAAGAUACCAUCAAAGAAUGGCAUAUAGACAUGAUCAUGACAGGAGUAGUGAGAUGAUGGAUGUGGAUCAUGUGUGCAAUAUGUCCGACAGUGUUCAGUCGGACCGGACAUCCCCCUGUUCUGUUUCUUACAGUAUUGACUCCGGUAACCUACAGCAGCACUCCCAGUUUGGGGUUGACAGUACAGUGACUCCUGACACCUCAGUGACCUUCACCCUCAACCCUCAGUCAUCCUCGUACCACUCUGAGGUAAUGGAGGUGGAGACGUCACUGAUGCUUUCAUCUGAAUCAAACAGUCACAAUUAUGUUCACAGUAGUUACAAAAAGUCUGAAAGUAGAGGAACUGGGGUUGUAAAAGUUGAAAGUUUUGAUGAGGUGCGGUCGGAAGUGUUUAAAAACGUGUUGCAUUCUGGGAAGGAAAUGACUGGAAAAGAGCCUGUGUCUCAUCAGAGUCAGAUUCCUGUCAAACGAGAAAGGAAGUCAGUGCCUGUUCCAAAGAAGCGCCAGCAAAAACAUGCUCCUCCCCCUGAUUGUGAUGACAUGCCCUCUCUGUAUGGGGGGUCCUUGAUGGAACCACCCAUUGUGAAAAUUCGCGCCCCCUCCCCACGACAAAUGCCCGACCUCGCUCCUCCAAGCCAAGAGGUCAUGGAGGUCAAAAGACCCACAGUGAAAAGAAGCGAGAGACAGGAAACUCCCCCGCUCUCCUUCGGCCAGGAUAAUAUUUCUAGGACAGUUAUCGUGAAAGAAAUUACAUCCGAAAAGGGAGAUGCUAAGUUAGUGAUAGAAAGACGUCCAAACCUUAAAAAGAGUAUACAGACUGUACGUGCCAAAAGAGUUCCACAUCCACCUCGGCAACUGGCAGAGGGUGUGGAUGAUAUGUCAGACUCUGUGACCCCUGACCUCUCCAGCACAGGUCCUUCUGAUGCUGACCCUUCAGGAAUCUCAAGUCAGGAGGACGAUGUUUUCUCAGACAUUGAUUCACAUCGCCAGCGACUCCCACUUCAUCCUCGUUUCACCCCCGACCCUGAUGUUUUGAUGAUAGAAGAGGGCAACAUGGUUGAGUACUCUCAGCCCCUCCAUGUGAAGACGUCCAAGCCUGUGAUGGCAACCCGACAUUUCGAGGACAUGAUUGGAAGCAGGUCGUCCCUGGAUGAAUCAGUCCUCCAACUUGCAGCUGAACGCCAUGACACUUUCGGACCUGAAGAUCUUGAUUCUGAAGAAUCUGGAACCUACCACACAGGAUCGUUGCGAGUGAAACGAAGUCAAAAGAUGCAGUCUUUGAUGGAUCUGUUUGAGAAGGGGUCGGACCAGAACCUGGCUGACAGUUCCAGUCCCAAUGAAGACUGUCAGCCUUCUCCCCAGUUGUCCAUGUCCCUGCCCUCCAGCGCUUUGAGAAGCUUGGAUGGAGACAUGGACACUGAUGACGAGGCCUCAGCCCCUUCGCCUCGUCUCGUACACACCAGUCUCAGUCGGAGGUCACGAUCUCGCGAGAGGAUGAGACGCAGUGGUAUGGGCUCGGACAAAGAGAACAGGAUCACAUCAAGGAGCCCGACACCAACUAGGCAGAAGGUUUUGCAUGACCGGGCUGUGGAAGAGCGUCACCCUCCAUCUUCCCCCAGCUGAGGUCGGGCGUGAGUACAGAGCAAGGCGAAAA